AUGGAUCCCACGUCGAAAUUCUUCGCCAAACUGAGAAAGCUGGCGGUGACUUUGGAGUCAGAAACGUCCAGGCUUCAAAACACCUUUGAGAACCGAAACGACGACGAUGACAGCGAAAGUAAAGCCAGAGGAAUGCGGGCCUAUCAUGACCUGAACGAAGAAGUCGGUAAUCUAAAGGGAAAGAUUCGGAAUGAGUUAGCCGAGCAGAAAAAACGAGAGAGCGACGUGGACGGCUUCCUUCACGCGUGUAAAGUGAUGGAGCAGAGAGUGUCUAAUGACAUUCAGAAUCUCAGGACACACCUCGGAAAAUAUGGCUACCAAGCUCCUUGUGACAGCCAGAGACCAACCAAGCUGAAUGAUGGGGAGGCAGAAGGCGAGGAAAAAGCAUCGGAUGAGGAUGGAACCAACUCGGCCGUUGGAGAGGAGGGGGUCCAGAACGAGGAGGAAGGCGCCGUUUUGCAGUCGCCUCCAAAAAUGGCGCCGUCCCUAGCGGACGCCAUGCGGACCCCUCAGCUCUCGGACUUCGGCCUGUCGGAGAUGCAGCUGAAGAGGGUUCUGGCCGGGGCCGAGUGGUGCUCCGAGGUCCCCCCCAUGCCCCAGAUGAGCCUCCCCCACCCCGCGCUCAACACGCCGCCCCCCAUGCCCGUCACCCCGAAGUGCGCCCUGCGGAUGGACGACGAGGAGCUGCAGACGCCGCAGAUGCACCACUUCGGCAUCUCGGAGCACACCGCCUGUCUGAACAACGACUUCACCAUGGAUCUGUUCCAGAAGAACCCCGGGAGGUCCAAAGAUGGAAGCAUGCCCACGAUGGACUCUGUAAUGGAGAGUUUGCAGGCAAGAGCUAGCACCAUGGCAUCCCCAGAGCCGCCUGUAUUUUGCACUCCGGGGUUUAAGAUCAAAAAGGCAAACGGUCCCGACUCCCCACCGGCUCAGAGCGGGGGCCCAGAUCUCCCCUUCGGCCCCCCCCACCUGCCCUCCACCCCGGAGGUCCCGGCCUUUGAAACUCCAUACGUGAACAGAGUGAGUGCCCGCCUCCAGGGUCGAACUCCUGCCUGUAACGGGGCGUCUGAGGCCGAACGCUGCUGGGAGGACGGCGUCCCCGACAUGGAGAUGCCAAACCUGGAGUCUAGAAAUGGAAAAAUCCCACAGCUCAGUGAGACUGAAAAGCUUGGGAAGGACCCUGCGGUCAGUAGUCUGGAGCUGGACGGACCCACCGAGGGGUUCAGUUUGGGGACGCCUCGCAUCAGGACAAACUUUCAAGAGCCCAGCACCCCCGAGAUGCCGGACCUCAGCUCUGUGACGCAGGACAUUUGCAAAACGUUGCCGUACUACCUGAGGACAAUGAGUCUGAGCAGCCUCAACCAGGCCGUCAACAACAUCAACAGAUUCACAGAAGAGCAUCGAGGAGAGGUGAGGGAGUUCAGAGAAGAGGACCUGAAAAGGAUCAUCAACGUGGGAACCAUGGCCCCCGUGUACAUCGUCUGUCUAAAGGAGCUGAGGAGGCUAACCCAAGGGCUGAACGCUGGAGACUGCAGGCUGGUCACACACCGCUAA